UAUGAUAAUGAGGGCCCUCUCUGCCAAUCACGAGGCCGCAAACCCCAUUGGCCCCGCCUCCAGUGACGACAGAUAAGAGGAAACUGUACAAUACCAUAAAAGGAAAAUACUCCCGCAUGCGCAGUGGCCCGAGUUUUGUUUGAAGUGAACUGCUGCCUGGGACUGCCCUACAAGCUGCAAAGUCGCCAAGCAUUUGAUUUUAACAGUAUAUAUUUCCACAUUUCCUCCAUAUUGUCUUCGCGCCUCUAUGCGUCGUAAAGACGAUGCUAGGCCACCACGACCCAAAUGCCGACAAGUCGCAACAACUGGUCAACUAUGUGGAGGAUUACCUGGAAUGUGUGGAGUCUCUGCCUUUGGACAUACAAAGAAAUGUUACCCUGCUCCGAGAGAUCGAUGCAAAGUAUCAAGAGGUGCUGCAGGAGGUGGAUGACGUGUUCGAGAAGUACAAAGGCGAGCAAGACGCCGCUCAGAGGAAGCGGCUGCAGAGCCAGCUGCAGCGGGCGCUCAUCGUGAGCCAGGAGCUGGGCGACGAGAAGAUCCACGUGGUGACCCAGAUGACGGAGCUGGUGGAGAACCGCUCCCGCCAGAUGGACUCCCACUCCCUGUGCCUGCAGGAGCCCAGCGAGGCGGAGCGGCCCGCGGCGGAGCGCCGCACCAGCAUCCAGGACUCGCCGGCGCCGGAGCGCACGUCGGCCCGCCGGCCACGACGCCAGCGCAACAGCGAGAGCCGCGACUCCAGCCACCCGUCGGCCAACGGCUCCCUGGUGGACGACCCGGUGGAGGAGCUGUCCGUGCCGCCGCCCCCCCGGGAGAAGAAGUCCAAGUCGGCGAAGAAGAAAAAGCGCAAGGCCAAACAGGAGCGCGACGCCUCGCCGGUGGACUUCGCCAUCGACCCCAACGAGCCCACCUACUGCCUGUGCGAGCAGGUGUCGUACGGCGAGAUGAUCGGCUGCGACAACGACCAGUGCCCCAUCGAGUGGUUCCACUUCUCCUGCGUGGGGCUGACCUACAAGCCCAAGGGCAAGUGGUACUGCCCCAAGUGCAGAGGGGACCACGAAAAGACCAUGGACAAAAGCCUGGACAAAAACAGAAAAGACCGGCGGUCCAGGUAGUGACCCCCCCCGUCUGGACGAUGUCUUCGGCCUGAGACGUCAGCCGUAGUCGAUCACAGUUCUCGUGAUGUUGUAAGAGCACAAUGGAACUCCAGUAGUCGAGCACUUCAUGGAUCAAGGACCGGUGGUGAUUGACCUUGUGACCUCAUGACGUCGUCUGGAGGGAGUCCAGCUCGGCCUGAAGCGGCCAUCUUCCUCCAGGGUGUAUUUUCUAUUUCCUUAAAGAGAACCCAAAGGAAGCCUGCUCUGGUUUCCUGUCCCCUCUUCCUUCUGGACGAGGUCCUAUUUAAGAUCAAGGUGAUCCUGCUGAGGACCAUUUGUCUUCUUCCCUCCAUCAGUUAUGGCCAAUCAAAAGCCCUAGCCCCGCCCCCUUAUUUUUAAACUUUCUUAAUAGCGUGCAAAUUAAUUUGAAUCCGUGUCGUCUCUAUACAAUAACAGGCUCGUAGAGAAUCCCCUCCAGAUGUGAUAUGUUUACAAGAGAUUGAUAUUUAAUAGCUGAAUGUUGAUGGGACACUGGAAUAGGACAUCAUGUUUGUGGACUCAAUGUUUUCACUAUUGUGUAAAUGUCUUUUUAUAUUCAUUAAAACAAAGUAUAGUCA